CACAACCCCCCCAUCCACCUCAACAUACCACCCUUCACCUUUUUGCUAUCUCAAGCUCCAUAACUCGUCCGCAGAUUUACCUGUACAUCUCCAACUUCCACCUACACACCAUUCAAGAUGCGUGAAAUCGUUCAUCUCCAGACCGGACAAUGCGGUAACCAAAUCGGUGCUGCCUUCUGGCAAACCAUCUCGGGCGAGCACGGCCUUGAUGGAUCCGGAGUCUACAAUGGAACUUCCGAUCUCCAGCUUGAGCGUAUGAACGUUUACUUCAACGAGGCUUCCGGCAACAAGUACGUUCCCCGUGCUGUCCUCGUCGAUUUGGAGCCCGGUACCAUGGACGCUGUCCGUGCCGGCCCAUUCGGACAACUUUUCCGCCCCGACAACUUCGUUUUCGGUCAAUCCGGUGCUGGUAACAACUGGGCCAAGGGACAUUACACUGAGGGUGCCGAGCUUGUCGACCAGGUUCUUGAUGUUGUCCGCCGUGAGGCUGAGGGCUGUGACUGCCUUCAGGGUUUCCAGAUCACCCACUCCCUGGGUGGUGGAACUGGUGCCGGUAUGGGUACGCUUUUGAUCUCCAAGAUCCGCGAGGAGUUCCCCGACCGCAUGAUGGCCACCUUCUCCGUUGUCCCAUCGCCAAAGGUCUCCGACACCGUUGUCGAGCCAUACAACGCCACCCUCUCCAUCCAUCAGCUUGUCGAGAACUCCGACGAGACCUUCUGUAUCGAUAACGAGGCCCUCUACGAUAUCUGCAUGAGGACCCUCAAGCUCACCGCCCCAUCCUACGGUGACCUGAACCACCUGGUCUCCGCCGUCAUGUCCGGUGUCUCCACCAGUCUCCGUUUCCCCGGCCAGCUUAACUCUGAUCUCCGCAAAUUGGCAGUCAACAUGGUGCCUUUCCCCCGUCUCCAUUUCUUCAUGGUUGGAUUCGCUCCUCUCACCAGCCGUGGCGCCCACUCUUUCCGUGCCGUCACCGUCCCAGAGCUCACCCAGCAGAUGUUCGACCCCAAGAACAUGAUGGCCGCCUCCGACUUCCGCAACGGUCGCUACUUGACCUGCUCUGCCAUCUUCCGCGGAAAGGUCUCCAUGAAGGAGGUCGAGGACCAGAUGCGCAACGUCCAGAACAAGAACUCCUCUUACUUCGUUGAGUGGAUCCCCAACAACGUCCAGACCGCUCUCUGCUCCAUCCCACCCCGUGGCCUCAAGAUGUCCUCCACCUUCGUUGGUAACUCCACCUCCAUCCAGGAGCUCUUCAAGCGUAUCGGUGACCAGUUCACUGCUAUGUUCAGGCGCAAGGCUUUCUUGCAUUGGUACACUGGUGAGGGUAUGGACGAGAUGGAGUUCACUGAGGCUGAGUCCAACAUGAACGAUCUCGUCUCCGAGUACCAGCAGUACCAGGAGGCCUCCGUCUCCGAGGGAGAGGAGGAGUACGAGGAGGAGCUCCCAGUUGAUGAGGAGUAAAGUGUCUACUUGUUAUGACUUGAUGAGAAUUUUGGCUGUUGCAAAGUCCUCAGUCAAAUCUAUCGUAGCAGGGGAUGUGUCCGGAAUUAAUUGUUAUUUUCAAAUGUUUGGUCUUUGAGAGCGCUUCUUUACUUCAGGCGAAGACAAUUGCGAACGCAAAGAAUACCUACCUCUUGAGGUUUUAACUAGAGCGAGAAUCAAUGAAAACACUCGUAUCUUAUAG